CAUCAGUAUUAAAACUGCUAUGUUCACGUUUGUUAUUUUUCUAAUUAGCAUCUAUUCAAAUGGCAAAUGUGGCAAAUAAUCAUAAUUUUUGCUGUAUUUGCCUAGAAGAAAACGAGGAAUUUGAAAACAUAACUGAGUAUGACCCGAAUGGCGUAAAAUACAGCGAAAAACUCGCUCUAUGUGACCCUACACAAAAUUGGGAAGAUAAAACGUUAAGCCUGUGCAAGAACUGCGUUCACAAAGUCAAUAUUGUCUAUGAAUUCAUUGAGGAGUGUAGAAAAAGCGAUGUUUUGCGUAGGGCAAAGCUGCAACACCUGAAAGAGGAACUUGAGGAAAAGAAGGUGGAAUUGGAGACUUUUACAUGCUAUGCCUGCAAAAAGUCGUUUAAAAAGAAAAGGUUUUUAAAAGCUCACAUUACACGAAUUCAUGUGACCAUUGAAGACAAAAGCACCAGAGAUAAAACCACUAAAGAUGCUGAGCCAGAAAGUAGUGAAGAAUCGCAAUUAAACGCUGGGGACCAGGACGACACAAAAGAAAAUAUUAAAACAGAAUCAUUACCAAGUAAUUACCAGGAGCGCGACUAUUUUUCACAAAACGAUGCUUCAUAUUCGAGUGGAGAAGAAUUGGAAAAGCCGAAAGUGAAAAAACCUACACGGAAACGACUGAAAAAAGCUGAAUCCUUCACCUGUGAAUAUUGUGGCAAACAAUUCAACCGACACCAACACUGGUCUGCUCACAUAAGAUCAAAGCACACCUUUGAAAAGCCGUAUAAAUGUACAUUAUGUGAAGCUAGUUUCACGACUUCACACAGUCUCCUAGUUCACAAAAGAAAUCACAAUAAUGAGAAACCGUACAUAUGCAGUACGUGCGGCAAAAGAUUUGUCUGUUCCGGCGAUUUGUUUCAUCACAACAAAAUUCACCUGAACAAAAAAGAGUAUGAAUGCACCAUUUGCCAAAAACGGUUCAACACAACCAGUAUAUUAAGAACCCACAAAAUAGUCAAACACACUGAACCGCAGGACUGGAAAUAUUUAUGUUUGCUGUGCAACAGAAGGUUCCCGAUCAACAGUGGACUAACGUUGCAUUUGAAGAGACACAGUGGAAUUAAAGACCACGCGUGCCACAUUUGCGGCAAGAAGUUUUUCAACAAGUCCGAAGUUUCCAAACACAUCCUUAGUCAUUCCAACCAGAAGAACUUCAGAUGCGGCUUAUGCGAAGACAAAGAGUACAAAAACAAAGAGGGCCUUAAUAAGCAUCUGAAAAUAAUCCACGAUCUGGGCAACUGGAAGGCGCCGAAGUUGGAAAAGAAAUUUUUCUGCAUGCUUUGUCCGAAAAAGUUCACUUUCAAUAACAAACUGCAGCGCCACAUACUUACACACACCGGCGAAAAGCCCUACAAGUGCGACUUUUGCGAUAAGAAAUUUAGCGAUAUUUACUACAGGAAGAGUCACAUGAGGAAAGAACAUGGAGAGCAAGUGGAAGAGGAUGGAGGCAAUGAUGUGAAAUUUGUGGAAUUAAUAGCAGCACCUUCGGAAUCAGCGCAACAUGGUUUUAACCUUGUAAUUAAGUAGAUAUUUAAAUUUGUACAUUUGCCAUAAUAUGCUGAACAUUUUUUGCAAAUGUAUAAAUGUUUUAUUUUGAAAUCACACCCAGAUGGUGGUUUUGCAGAAAAUCUGACUGGUCGCAACGCAAAAGAUUCUAAGCGAUUAAUUUAGAUGAAGAAAAACUCAGAGUGAUCAACUUUCAUACUUUUCAUGAUAUUAGGAUAUAAUUAUUUGCGCCCAAAAUGUACAUCUAAAAGAUGUGUUUUCUAUGUACGCUACAAAGAUGUAUCCAAAGGGAGCGCGUGUUUAGAAUUAACUAAACUGAUUGUUUCCAACUGAACAUGUUUGUAAAUUCUAUAAAUAAUUACAAAAAUAUGAAGCGUGAUGAGUACGUUUCCUGUGUGUUACAUGAUUAGUUUUUAAUCAAACUUUGUCGUUACAGUAAAAUUAAACCAAAA